AUGGCGAACAUUUCUAAGACCCACCGGACUUCCUGUAAAAAGUGUGGCAGGCACCAAUCUCACAAAGUAAUGCAGUGCAAGAAGGGCAAGGAUUCUCUGUAUGCCCAGGAAAAGUGGUAUUAUGACAGGAAGCGGAGUGGCUAUGGUGGGCAGACUAAGCUGAUUUUCCAGAAAAAGGCUAAAACUACAAAGAAGAUUGUGCUAAGGCUUGAGUGUGUUCAGCCCAACUGCAGAUCUAAGAGAAUACUGGCUACUAAAAGAUGCAAACAUUUUGAACUAUGA